AUGGCCGUUGUCGUUAGCAGCGAUCCCGCAGCGAUCGCUACUAGAGCAUUGCGCUACAAUGCCUUUCUCGCCAGUCACAGCGUCUCGCGCCGGGAAGCUCGUUUUGCACCGCGCGGCAAUAAACCUUUCUGCGGAAUAUCCGCAAAUGCAUCAGCGGCGGCAGCUCGAGCUGUGCACAGUCCUUGCAGCCAGCCCCAUGCCCACCCCAACCUCUCCGCCGCAUCCAGCCCGUCCCGUCCCGACCGAUGGCUGAUCGGCAGCGCGCAAUCCGCCGCCGAGUCGCCGUUUGUGGAGGUGAGGGACGCGCGGCCGUGGGACUGGCGGAUCGCCGAGAGCGGCAGCGGAGGAGCGCCACGCCGCGAGGAGGAGUCGUCGCCCGACGAGUGCCGAUCUCGAGUGCUUCCCGGAGUGGACGGCGCGCUGCAGCUGCUCGCUGACGCUGACGCAGCGAUGACGUCAGACGUAUCAGGCAUAAACCCUGAGCCCUGCUUCGCUGUAUAUUCCGAGCGGACUGCGGAAGGGAAGUCGAGUUGGAGCGAGCGACUCAGCUUGGCUUCAGAGGGCGGCGAGGACGACGCGGACGACAUUCCCGAGGUGGACAUCGCGGAUCGCCUGCCCGAGCUGCGCGAAAUGCUGGAGCUGCUGCGGGCCAAGGCGCAGCAGCAGGGGCGGGAGCAAGCGGAGGGGGGACCCCGCGGCGAGGGCCCUGGGAAUGUGUUUCUGGUGGGCACCGGGCCUGGCGACCCCGACCUGCUCACUCGUCAGUUCCCCAACCGCCCUUUCCUUCCCCCCCACCUCCCACCCCCUCUCCCUCCCUCACGCCCUCUUCCCUACCCUCACCACCCCUCCUCUACCCCGCUUCGCUCGUGCUGCCCUGCAUCCUCAGCCGUGACUCAUCCACCUUGCCGCAGCCCCACCCCCUUGAAGGCGGUGCGCGCGCUGCAGUCCGCGGACCUCGUGCUCUACGACCGCCUCGUCUCGCCCGCCAUUCUGCGCCUGGCGGCGCCGGGCGCGCGGCUGCUAUACGUGGGGAAGGCGGCGGGGUACCACACGCGCACGCAGGCGGAGAUCCUGCACCUGCUGCUCGCCUUCGCGGAGGCGGGCGCCGUGGUGGUGCGCCUCAAGGGCGGCGACCCGCUGGUGUUCGGGCGGGGCGGCGAGGAGAUGGAGCACCUGCAGGCGCACGGCAUCCGCGUGCAGAUCGUCCCCGGCAUCACCGCCGCCUCCGGCAUUGCUGCUGACCCCGGCGUGCCUCUCACCCACCGCGGCGUCGCCAACAGUGUGCGGUUCCUAACGGGGCACAAGCGCAAGGGAGGUGGCGACCCGCUGUACGCGGCCAGCACAGCGGCGGACCCCGACGCCACCCUCGUGGUCUACAUGGGGCUCGCCACGCUGCCCAGCCUUGCCGCCCGCCUGCUGGCCAAUGGGCUGCCGGCUGACACCCCCGCUGUGGCGGUGGAGCGAGGCACCACCGCUGCUCAGCGCACUGUGUUUGCCACUCUGGAGGAUCUGCCAGCAGCCGUGUCAGCGGCCCAACUCGUGGUGUGGGUGGGCUUCGACUGGCUGCACAUGAGCCGCUCGUCGCGGCGGCACGUGCUGCUCGUCGCAUACACCACCGGCUUCCACGUGUGGGACCUGCACGCCGCCUCCCCUCCCCGCACCCCCGCUGCCAGCAGCUGCGCCAAUGCCAAGGGGGACAGCCGCAGCAGCAACAGCAGCAGCGGUAGUGCUGCAGUGCCGGCACCCUCUCAGCUGGUAUCGUGGCGGGGCGAGCUCGUGUCCAUGCUGUGCGCCCUGCCACACCCCACCAUGCCGCAUCCUGCCAUGCCCUCGCCGCCACGCACCCAAGAAUCCACGGGCGACGACGAGAGGGAUGACAGCGCCGGGGAAUGCGACAGGUUUGCAGCGUGCCGGCCCCUCGUGUGCGUCGUCUUCCCUGCUGCCAGCGACCAUUCCACUACCGAAUGUGCGUGCAGCGAGCACGCAUGCAGGGAUGAGGCAACAGGGGGUGAAGUGGAGAGGGUGGAUGACGAGGCAGUGAGUGGUGGAGUGAGGGGGGAGGGCGGGGGGUGGAUGCUAGGGGAGUGUGAGUGGGAGUAUUGCAGAGGAGUGAGGGGAGAAGUGAGUGGCAGCGGUGGUUUCGACUUGGAGCGGGUGCAGCAGGGGAGUGGUGAAGACGCACAAGGGGACGAGGAGGGUUGUGAGCUAAAGGAGGUGCGGGCAGACGCGUCAGAGGGGGUGCAGCUGUGUAUGGAAAGUAGGGAAGAACAGGCAGCAGGACAGGGAAGCAAGCAGGAGGGCGGUGCAGGAGGGUGUGGGAGAUGCAACGGAGUGGUACACUCAAGCAGAGGGAACGUAACAGGGAGCGCUGCACGCAGUGGUGGUAUGAAUACACGAGUGGCGGGAGUGACGCGAGUGGCGCUGUACUCACUGCGACAGCAUGCCAUGGUGGGCAGUGUGGAGGUGGAGGGGCCGGUGGUGGGCGUGCGGGCGAGUGGCAGGGCGAUAGUGGUGGUGCAGCGGGAGCAGCUCUUCUGCUUCAGCCCCACCACCCUCACCCCCACCUUCUCCCUCCUCACGCACCCCAUCCCUCACGCCCUCCUCCCUCCAUCUCAUGCCGAUCAUUCCUCACAUGGGCACUCCACGACCCUCCCCACACCAGCAUCCUCACACCCCUCCGCGUCCGCGUCGACUCCAGAAUCCAUCAGUUUCCCACCGCCCUCCAUUCCUCUAGCUCUGGGCCCGCGCUGGCUCGCCUACGCUGCCCCGCACACUCCCUCCUCGCCACCACGCGCCCCCACCCUCCUCCACUCCACGAUCUCCCCUGUUCGCCCCGCGCCAGUGCUUUCCCCCUCUCAUCCCCACAUCAUGGUGCAUGACCUUGUCUCCCGCCAGCCAAUCGCAUGCUUCCCCGCCCUCGAAGCGUCACCGCUCGCUCUGCUGCAGUUUGACCUGCUGGGCGUGCUCCUGGCGGCAGCCUCUCUGCACGGCACCACGGUGGGCGUGUGGCGCAUAGAUGGCCGCUCCAGCGGGUGGCAGCAGCAGCACGAGCAGCAACAGCAGCGGCAGCAGCGGUGGGGGGACGGGUCGACAGCAGGGGAAGGGGGGGCAGUGUUGCUGUACCGGCUACAGCGUGGGCUCACACACUCGGUCCCUCGAGCCAUUGCCUUCUCCCCCGACUCCUCUCUGCUCGCGCUGCUCUCCGCCCAUGGCACCUCGCACCUCUUCCACAUCCACCCCUUCGCCUCGCCUCCCUCGCCCGCUCUCGAGCAGCCAGCCGGCCAGGCCUCCUCUCCCACUUCCUCGCUCCACCUCCCCUCCCCUCCUCUCUCCCCCACCAGCAACACACGUUCUCCCCACGCAUCGCCGGCUCCUGUCUUACCUUUCACGCUUCACUCCCCCGUUCACCCACCUCCCACCCCUCGCUUCUCACUGCCUCACAACCGGCCAUCCUGCUGCGCCCUCUCCAUGCCGCGCCUCCUUGGCCUCUCCCUGGAAGCACCCCUGGCUGUUCCCACGCUCGCUCCCCGCAUGCGCAUCAGAGGUACCAUGCUCAGCCUGUGGGGGCUGACGGUGGGCCGUACUGGUGCUGCAGGUGUUGUGGGGACAAUGGAGGGUGUGGGUGCUGCACUCACUGCUGCUGUGAGCAGACGUGCAUUCGCAAGUACUGCUGCUGCUAUCAGCUUCGCACAGCGGGCACACCGGGAGGAAGCAGACAUGGAUGCUUUGGCAAUCCGCAGCUCGCUGGUCGCGGCUCCUCAACUAGCACAGAGCCGCGCCGCCCUUCCCAUGCGGAGGACAGUCAGACUGGUCGCCCCGGCGUCGUUUCCGCGCAUUGCUCGCCGUCAAACGUUGCGCUGCUCCGCGUCGCUCUCAGCGGCCGAUCUCGAGCCGCUCGGGCCCAAUGGAUAUGGCAACGUCGUGGAAAUUACGAGCCGAGAGGAGUUCAACGAUCAAGUUGCCAAGGCUGGCGAUAAGCUGGUGGUGCUGGACAUUUCGACGCGGACGUGCGGGCCGUGCAAGUUCAUCUUCCCCAAGGUCGUGGAGCUCAGCCUGGAGCACCCCAACGCCGUCUUCCUCAAGAUCAACGGCGACCACGACGACAGCACCAAGGCACUGAUGCGCGAGUGGGGCGUGCGGGCGGUGCCCAACUUCCGCUUCUUCCGCGGGGGCGAGCUGGUGCACAGCCACACAGGCGCCAAGAUUGAGGACCUUAAAGACAACCUCGCCAAGUUCCUUUGA